AUGGAUUUUAUAGCGGAUAUUAUAGAGCACGAUACGGAGACUCCAAUAGCUCCUGUGCCGGUAGAAACUACUGGUUUUCCAGAGGUGGGUAAAUUAAAGCUUAAGAGAGUGUCGAGAUGGAAGCAGAGGCAACAAGUGGAAACCAAACAGAGUACUGAAAAAGAAUCCACUAGACCUGAAAUCAAGAGUAAGGAUGAGCCUUUAAGUGAAUCUGAAAAGAUACAUCAAGAGAAUUUAGAUCGUAUGUCUAAAAUGUCACCGGAAGAAAUACAGGCAGAACGAGAAGAGUUAUUAAAUAAUUUAGAUCCAAAAUUGAUUCAAAGUUUAUUAAAGAGGACCGGCCAAAGAUUAUCAGAGAAGAAACUUGAUGAGCAUUCACAUAAUCACGAUACACAUAGUCAUGAUCACAAUCAUGAUGAUCAUGAGCAUGCAGAAGGGUAUAAUGGAUGGAUUGGGGCUGUAAGAACUACCGAUGGUAGGCUUAGAGAUUUGUCCCAACUUGAUAAAGAAGAUGUCAAUAAAGCAUUAGGAAUACAAGGACUUUCAUUAGAUGAUCUCAACGAUGCUGAAAAGGUUUCUGGUCCAAAUAAGAAAGGCGUCAAGUUUGGAGAGGUGACUACCAUAGAUUAUAAUGAUUUAGAAGAUAAUGUCGAGUUGGAUCCAAAUGGAUGGGAAGAUGUUAAUGAUAUUAAUGAAAUGAUUCCAAAUAUCCAGAAGAAUGAAGAAGAUGAAAUUGCUCCUGAUGGAUAUCAACUUAUUGAUGAUGAUGAUCAAGAUGAAGGAACUUUAGGUGUUCAUUUUACAAAAGCAAAAUCAUCAAAUCAAGACUUGGAUUUAAAUGAUCCUGAUUUUUAUGAUAAGUUACAUGAAAAGUAUUAUCCUGAUUUACCUAAAGAGACAGAAAAGUUGUCAUGGAUGACAAAACCUUUGCCAAAACAAGUUUCAACUACAUAUGAGUCGAUUUCAGAUAUGAGAUUUGACUUUAAAGGAGAUUUAAUUCAAUUAGAAAAUGAAGUUCAACCCGAGAAAGAGAUUCCAACCUACAUGGGUUUACAUCAUCAUUCGGAUAACCCACACUUGGCAGGUUAUACAUUAGCAGAAUUGGGACAUUUGUCAAGAUCAGUGGUACCAAGUCAAAGAUGUGUUAGUAUUCAAACUUUAGGAAGAAUAUUACAUAAAUUAGGUUUACACAAAUAUAGUAUAAUUCCUAUUGAAGAAAACAAUAAUCCUGAAGAUGAACAAUUCAAUGAAAGUUUAAAAGAAGUUAUAUUAAGUUUUGAGAGUUUAAUGUGGGAUUUAAUAGAUGAACUUCGAAUUAUUGAUACCAUCAAGGAAGCAGCUGAUGAGAAGUAUACUACGAAUUUAUCAGUACGAAAUUAUGCCAUAGAUGCAUUAUGGUUAUGGAAGAAAGGAGGAGGAAGACCAAAGGGUUCCCAAAAGAGUGAAGAAGAUAAAUUGCUCGAACAAAUGACAUAG